AUGAAGAACAACCUUACAUUCGAUCCUGCUAUGUCCAACAAACUUGUUAAGUGGAAUCAAAGUGCUGAUUGUUGUUCUUGGGAAGGCGUCACCUGUCAUGAGGGACAUGUUAUUGGUCUCGACCUGACCAGUGAAUCCAUUUCCGGUGGACUUGACGAUUCAAGCAGUCUCUUUAGUCUUCAGUAUCUCCAGAGCCUGGAUUUGGCUUACAAUGACUUCAACUCUUCUCAAAUUCCAUCAAAGUUUGACAAGUUGACUAAUUUGAGUGAUUUGAAUCUAGCAAAUGCUGGCUUUGCAGGGCAGAUUACUUCCACUCAGUGGGAAGAACUUCUGAAUCUAGAGACUCUUGAUUUAAGUUACAAUUCAUUGAACGGGGAUAUUCCAGUUUCAUUGUUUCACCUCCCAUCAUUGCAGGUAUUACAACUUUCCAAUAACCUAUUUUCUGGGCAACUCAAGGAAUUUUCCAACAUUUCUUCUUACAAACUACUACAGCUUGAUUUGAGCAAUAACGAGUUGGAAGGGCCAAUACCCAUAUCUAUCUUUGGACUUCGAGGUCUUGCAACCCUCAUUCUUUCUUCGAACAACUUUGAUGGCUCCAAUUUGUUGGAUGAAUAUAGUGCUAGCAUCGGCCAGUCCCUUGAAUUCACACAAUUCUUUUCUAUUUCAAGUAAUAAAUUAUAUGGGAGUAUCCCUGAAUCCAUAUGCAAUGCUACAAAUCUUCGAUUUCUGGAUCUGUCUGAUAAUUACUUCAGUGGUACAAUUCCCCAAUGCUUGACUGAGAUGAGUGGGGCUCUUCUUCAGUUGUUGAGUCUAAGGAGAAACAAUCUCAAUGGCUCAAUUCCUGAUACAUUUUCAGAGUCUUGUAAUUUACAAACUUUAGCUAUCAAUAAAAACCAUCUAGAGGGAAAGUUACCAAAAUCUCUGAAGAAUUGCCAUUCAUUGGAGGUCUUGGACAUUGGGAAUAACCACAUCGAGGACACCUUCCCAUUUUACUUGAAUGGAUUAGCCGCAUUGAAGGUUCUUAUUUUGCGAUUUAACAAAUUUUAUGGGCCCAUUGGUCAUCCAGAGCUUGCCCCUUGCCCGAAGCUUCAAAUCAUAGAUGUGGCUUCAAACAAUUUUACUGGUCACCUUCCAAUAGUACUCCUUUCUACUUGGACAACGUUGACUGAUCGUGCACAUGAGGCCAACUCAAAACUCAAUCACAUCCAAAUUGGUAUUGGUAGUUUUUAUUAUCAAGAUACCGUAACAGUUACUAGCAAGGGUUUAGAGGUGGAGCUAGUGAAGAUCCUAACUAUCUUCACCACCAUUGAUUUUUCUUGCAACAACUUUGAUGGUCCUAUACCUAAAGAAAUUGGAGAAUUCACAUUGUUAUAUAUUCUCAACUUGUCACAUAAUGCUUUCACAGGCCAAAUCCCAACAUCUCUGGGGAAAUUAAGUAAUCUUGAGACACUAGACUUAUCAAGCAACAAGCUUACUGGAGAGAUUCCUAUGCAACUCGCCAAUGGUCUUAUUUUCCUUUCGGUCCUCAACCUUUCGUUCAACCAAUUGGUGGAACCUAUUCUAUUUAUCAAGCAAUUUGCUACAUUUUCGGAAAAUUCCUUCAAAGGGAAC